AUGAUGGAGAUGGACUACUCCCCUGCGCAGCGGUCUACCUACCGUGGCAGCGAAAGUCCCAUGGACUUCUCCUACAGCGGAUCCGCACACGUCGACUCAAACUCCCCCUUCAAGGUCGCUGGCUCCUUCCCGACCCCCUCGAGAGCAACUCCUGGCGCAUACAACGGCUUUGUGAGCUCUGUCACCCCUCACCAUCAGCAGUCGCAGCAGUCGCCGUUUACCCCUUUCUUCACAGCAAACACGAACGAGUCCCGCGCGCGACCGGGGGCGUUUGGCGAGCCGAUGACUAGUCCGACCGGGAACAGAGGAAACCAGAUCAGAAGCGAAGAAGUGCUUCCGGCUGGAAGUCCGAUGGACGAGGACGUCGUCAUGCUUUCCGCAGGGACUACCCCCACACCGACGCCCAGAGCGGGACAAGGCGAUCAGACGACUUCCAACAGAGAAGAAGACAAGGAAAACAACAUGUCCUUCUCGAGAAAGUUUAUGAAGGCGAUGAGACGUAGCUCUUCUGGUACCAGUCCGAUUUCAAAACUGUUUUCAAAAAGACUUUCACCCCCGAAGCAGAGCGGAAGAAGGAGACAGUAUAACCAGAACUCAGACUACGAGGAAGACGACGACGAUCUGUUUGACGACAGCGACGAUUCGGAAUGGUCUGAUAGGGUAGUCGUCAAGAAGACUACCGUAAUGAGGUCCCCCAGGAAAGGAUCUUCCAGCAUCAGAUCUGGAUCUCCUCGCAAGGUCUCACGUACGGUCUCUUCGCACGCUGUCGUUGCUUCAAAUCAUCAGCAGAAUCCGUCGCUGCUGGCUGCUCUGUCAAGUCACGACAACCUACCAUUCGUCUUUGCUCAGUAUCUGCAGCUCAUGUUCAACGUCUUUCUGGUUCUUGUUAUGCUCUAUCUUAUCAUGACUUUUGUUUUGAUGGUGCGAGGAGAAGUCCGUCACAAAGUCGAGGAAUACACGCAAAAGGCUGCGAUUGAAAUUGCACUAUGCACUUCAAAUUACAUUGAGAAUCACUGCGCUGAUAUUCGGACGCAGUUUAACGCUGCUGCUUGCUCGUCGUGGCAGAAGUGCAUGGACCGUGAACCUUCAGAUGUCGGCAGAGCGAGUGUUAGUGCUGAGACUGUCGCUGAUAUCCUGAACAGCUUUAUUGAAAGGCUAUCUUAUAAGAGCAUGGGCUUCUUAUUUGUUCUCAUUCUCGGAUCAAUAUAUGUGUCGUCUACAAAAGGCUUCCAGCAGACUCAUCAAACAGUGAAUCCUCCUCCCCAUCUACAGGAGCGGAUCGCAUACCAUCAGCCUCCACCGUCGCCGAAAAAGAUGGACUUCUCGAGAGCGAUAGAGCCCAUCAACGUGGAUGACUAG